AAUCUGGAUAAAUUUCAUUUUUGUCUUGUUAACGUAAAUUAGUAUACAUAUAAAAUACUGAGGAAAGAUGCGAAAGAGUUAAACAUAUUUCGAACACCUUUCAAAAGAAUUAAUUGUUAUGUAUAUGUUUUGCUAUGUGAGUUUGUUGUGUCGUUAAAUUUCAUAAGAAGAACCCGAACCUCUCGAUACUAAAGACUAUACGCUCCUGUUACGGCAUAGCGUGAUCAUAGCCAUGGCGACUACUGCUUCAUCGCGGGUAGAUGAACUCGUACAAACUGUCACUUUGCAUAAUCCUCGGAAAUUACUAUUCACGGGAUAUGUUCUGCCCUCUGUGAUAUUACACACUGUGUGGAUUUAUAGUUGGAUUUUUGUCUACGGAAUUGAUGAAUAUUAUGAUGCGGGUUUAGUGGGCAUUGCAGCUAUCGGCGUAUUACAAAUUUUCAUAUGUUUGUGUUGCCAGUGGUCAGUGCAUAUACACACUUUUUUUAAUUGUAGCUCGGAAAAAAAUCCAUAUAACGCGAAAAUUGCAAAAGUAGUUCCUACUCCUAAUAAUGGAAGUUCAGAACUUGUUAAAUUACAUCAUUCUGAACAACAAGAACCAUGGUUUAUAUUUCAAAAGACCAAAUAUUACUGGAAUUCGGAUAAAAAAACUUUUCAAGGCCUUCAAUUUCCAAUUAAUCACUCUGUUAAACAUUAUUGCGAAUGGAAAGGAUAUUUAGAUGAAAAAGAUAUUGCAGCAGCAGAGGAAAAAUAUGGGAAAAAUAAGUUAGAUAUGGUUGUACCAGAAUUUAGAGAACUAUUCAAAGAAAGAGCAAUUGCACCAUUUUUUGUUUUCCAACUAUUUUGCGUAGCAUUAUGGUGUUUUGAUAAAUAUUGGUAUUAUAGUAUAUUUACAUUAGUUAUGCUCAUUAUGUUUGAAUGUACACUUGUGCAACAGCAACUUCGAAAUAUGGCUGAAAUUAGAAAAAUGGGAAACAAACCAUACACAAUGAUGGUUUAUAGGAACAGACGAUGGCAUUCCAUGUUUACUGAUCAAUUAAUUCCUGGUGAUAUUGUAUCUAUUACACGAUCUCAAAAUGAUAAUUUAGUGCCAUGUGAUAUGUUACUUUUAAGAGGACCUUGUGUUGUUGAUGAGAGUAUGCUAACAGGUGAAUCAGUUCCUCAAAUGAAGGAACCCAUAGAAGAAAUUGAUGGAAAUAGACAGUUGGAUAUAGAAGGUGAUGAUAAACUUCAUGUACUUUUUGGGGGUACAAAAGUUGUACAACAUACUCCACCAAGUAAAAGUGUAUCUGGUCUUAAAGCUACUGAUAAUGGCUGUGUAGCCUAUGUUUUACGUACUGGAUUUUCAACAUCACAGGGAAAACUUUUGAGAACAAUAUUAUUUGGAGUUAAACGUGUUACUGCUAAUAAUUUGGAAACAUUUGGUUUUAUUUUAUUCUUGCUAAUUUUUGCAAUUGCUGCAGCAUCAUAUGUGUGGAUUAAAGGAAGUGAGGAUCCUACUAGAAAUAGAUAUAAAUUGUUUUUGGAAUGUACUCUUAUUCUAACAUCAGUUGUACCUCCAGAAUUGCCUAUUGAACUAUCAUUAGCUGUAAAUACUUCAUUAUUGGCCUUAUCAAAAUUAGGUGUAUUUUGCACUGAACCCUUCAGAAUUCCGUUUGCUGGAAAAAUUGAAAUAUGUUGUUUUGAUAAAACUGGUACUUUGACUAGUGAUAAUUUGGUCGUCGAAGGUAUAGCGGGGAUUGAAGGAAAACCAGAUGUUAUGCAACUUUCUGAUGCGCCUAUAGAAAGUAUUCAAGUACUUGCAACUUGCCAUUCUCUUGUACAAUUAGAUGAUGGAAUUGUUGGAGAUCCUCUUGAGAAAGCUACAUUAAAAGCUAUUAAAUGGAAUCUUACAAAAACUGAUUCUAUGAUACCUAGAAAAGGACAAUCACCUGUCUUAAAAAUCGUACAAAGACAUCACUUUUCUUCCGCGUUAAAACGUAUGUCAGUUGUAGCUGGAUAUACAAUACCUGGAUCAUCAGAAAUUAAUUACAUGACUACUGUGAAAGGUGCUCCUGAAAUUAUUAAGAAUAUGUUAUCAUCUAUACCAGAUAAUUAUGAUUCAACAUAUUUAUCGCUUUCGCGUCGUGGAGCAAGAGUUUUAGCUUUAGGAUAUCGAAAACUUCCUGGUCCUUUAUCUUCGCAAGAUUUAAGAGAACUUACACGAGAAGAAUUAGAAAAGAAUCUCAUUUUUGCUGGAUUUGUAAUCAUAAGUUGUCCGCUUAAACCCGAUUCUAAAGCUGUUAUUAAGGAGAUCGUGAAUGCUUCACAUUCGGUUGUUAUGAUUACUGGUGAUAAUCCUUUAACAGCAUGUCAUGUUAGUCGUGAAUUACAUUUUACAAAAAAAUCAAUUACACUUAUAUUGACUUCAAAUAAUGGAGAAUGGAUAUGGGAAAGUGUGGAGAAAAAUAAUUACCUUGGAAUGAAAAAUAUUUCUCGGAAUAAUGAAAUAUGGCGAGAAUAUGCACUUUGUGUAACAGGAGAAGGUUUAACAUAUUUAAAAGAUAAUGAACGAGAGUUACUUCGUAAAUUAUUACCACAUAUUGUAAUUUUUGCAAGAUGUGAACCAAAACAGAAAGAAUUUAUAAUUGUUUCAUUGCAAAAUUUAGGAUACGAACAUACCAUUUCAAAUUCAACAAUAACAAAUGGGCCAAGAAAUAAUCCAAGAGUUUCUGCUAAUACUAGAGCAAGAAUACAAAAAAUAUUGAAAGAACUUGAAGAACAAUCUGUUAUAGUUAAAUUAGGAGAUGCAUCAAUUGCUGCACCUUUCACUAGCAAAAUGUCGUCGAUUCAAUGUAUAUGCCAUGUUAUUAAGCAAGGACGAUGCACUUUAGUUACCACCUUGCAGAUGUUCAAAAUUUUAGCACUUAAUGCAUUAGGACUUGCAUAUAGCCAAUCUGUCCUUUAUUUAGAUGGAAUAAAAUUUAGUGAUGCACAAGCUACAUUACAGGGUAUUUUACUAGCCACUUGUUUCUUAUUCAUAUCAAGAUCAAAACCAUUGAAAACAUUAUCUAAACAAAGACCUCUUCCAAAUAUCUUUAAUUUAUAUACGAUUGCUACUGUACUCCUUCAAUUUGCUGUACAUUUUUUUUCUCUUGUAUAUUUAGUUAAAGAAGCUACUUUAUUAUCUCCAAAGAGUGAUAAAUUAGCAGCUAUAUUAGCUCCAAAUAAUCCAUAUAAUGAAAGUAUGGCCUUGAAUACAAAUUUUAAUGAUGAAGAUGAACCAUUUGAACCAAAUUUAUUAAACAGUACAGUUUAUAUUAUUGCAAUGACAAUUCAAAUUUCUACUUUUGCAAUUAAUUAUCGGGGUCAUCCAUAUAUGGAAAGUCUAUUACAAAAUAUUUUAUUAUAUAGUCUUAUAGGCAAUGCAGCCGUUAUAUUGGGAUUAACAUGUGGAUUUUUACCUGAAUUAGCAACGCAAUUUGAAAUUGUAGAUUUUCCAAGCGAUUUCCGCAGUCUUUUAAUUCAAGUAUUAAUAGCAGACUUUAUUCUUGCAUAUAUAGUUGAUAGAGUCUGUUUAUGGCUUUUUGGAGAAGGGAGACAUCAAAAACUGUGAUUAGUACACAAUUUCUAUAUUCCACUUUUAACUCGAAAAGUGCGAAAAAUUAAAUAUGCAAAUUUGUUUUCUUAUUUCACAAAAAACAAAUUAUCUUUGUUUAUUAUUAUAUUUAUGAAUUAUAUUACGAUUCCUAUAUGGAAUAUAAUGCUUUUAAAAGACUGACCAAUAUACAAUUGAGAAGUCAUUAUUAAAAAUUCAUAUUGUUGAUAGUUUUACAUUAAUGAAAUCUUUGUUGCUCAUUGACAAAUUUAAUGAUAAUUCUUUGUGAAAUAAGAAAAUUAAAAAAAAUUGAGAUAUAUAUUAUAUAUAUAUAUAUAAAUACACACACAUAUGUAUAUGAGUAUGUGGUAUGUAUGUUUUAAUGAGUGUAAGUAUUACCAUAAAAAGUGAAAUAGUAAAAAGAGCAUGCAAUGUGAGUGUGUACAAAUGAUAAGUAAAUAAUGCAUAAUAUCAUCAUUAUUAUAUAUAUCAUAUUUGGAAACAAUAAGUGUACCUUGAGAACCUGAUUUAUGAGAAUUUAUAAAAAAAACUUCUUUAUUGUAUUAAAACAUAUAAAAAAA